AUGGUAAUAUUACCAGAAGAUUUAUUCCUUUUGAAUGAUUUGGUAAAUGCGUUACCAAUUGUACCAAAUGAACAUUUGAGUAUACGACAAGAUUUUAUGAAAUACGCUGAAAAAUUUAACAAACGUCGGUUUGGAGAAAAUCAUCCACCAUCGACUGGAACUACUGAAAGCGAUGAUACCUUUUCCCCUAGUACCCCAGAAGUUAUUUCUAUCGAUAACUAA